UUUCGGACAUGGAUAAAUAUUGUAGCGCUAGACCGCAACUUCCUCCCCAUGCCUUUACUUCCCCCCACUUUCCACUUCUCUAUCGCCAACACCAAAUCCUGAGAGAGGUGGGUCCCGAAUCCCAAUUCCUUUCUGUACUCAUCAUCCAAACCUCCGGCCAGAGCAGUCUCUCCAUUCCAUCUUUCUAUUCCAGAUUCAUUCAUUGUUCAACCCACAAUACUCUUGGGCUCAUUGCCAACAUAGCCCUCUUUUUUAUUUCUUUUGCUCUCUUCAAUUCACCUUGUGUUGGUCUUCUCUCGUUUUUCUGUGAGUAGCCCACUUUUUGUUUCUCUUUGUAAUUGGUCUUUCCUCUUGGUAGGUGAGAAGUUGUGGGGAGAGGAGGAUGCUGCUAGUGGAGACCGCUGAUACUACUACCCUGAGUUAUUGGAUGAACUGGAGGGUCUUGCUGUGCGCGAUUUGGGUGUUAACACCAAUGAUUGUAGCAGCAUUUAUAAUAUGGAAGUAUGAAGGUCCAAAACAUCCAAAAUCUGAAAGAGAAGAAACUGAGCAAGACAUAGAUAGUUUUUUUUCUGUGGAAAAAGCAUGGAGACCAUGUCUUGAAGAAAUCCACCCCUGUUGGUUGUUAGCUUUCCGAAUUAUUUCAUUUUGCUUCCUUCUGGCAACCCUCAUUGGAGAAGUUGUUAUUCAUGGAGGUGGCAUGUUUUUCUAUUAUACUCAGUGGACCUUUACAUUGGUUACCAUUUAUUUUGGGUUUGGAUCACUGCUGUCCAUUUAUGGAUGUUACCAGUAUGACAAAAUGAGUAGGGUGACAGAUUCAGAGCAAGGAUCCUAUAUGCCUCUCUUAUAUGGUGAUGGUAUAAACAAAUCCAGAAUGAGAAAGACCUUGGAUUCCCCUGAGGAAAAUUCUCUUCUCCAGACUGAAGCCAUUUGGAGUCAUCUCUUUCAAGUUAUAUUCCAGAUUAAUGCUGGGGCAGUGAUGCUCACUGAUUGCAUUUAUUGGUUCAUAAUAUUUCCAUUUCUCACCAUCAAAGAUUACAAUAUGAGUUUUAUGACCGUGAAUAUGCAUACACUCAAUGCUGUUUUGCUCCUUUGCGACACUGCUUUGAAUUGCUUGCCUUUUCCAUGGUUUCGCAUCGCUUACUUUGUUCUAUGGACGGGUAUAUUCGUCAUUUUUCAGUGGAUCAUUCAUGCUUGUGUCUCGAUUUGGUGGCCAUACCCAUUUCUUGACCUCUCAUCACCAUUUGCUCCAUUAUGGUACUUAGCAGUGGCACUGAUGCACAUCCCAUGCUAUGCCAUCUUUGCACUAGUUGUGGAAAUAAAACACAACCUGCUAUCAAAAUGGUUCCCCCAAUCUUAUCAGUGCUUAAGAUAAAGAAACCAUACCCAGCUCAGAUCCCUCAGAAGCCAGAAGGUGUUUCAUCCUUUAGUAAAGCUGCAUUCAGGUUCUGCCUAUGGCAAGUAGAUAACUCAGCAAUGCCCCCAACUCCAGAGGAGGGUUCCCCUUAAAGGAUCAUCAGCUUCCACAGAGAGCAGAAGCAGAGCUUCCUUUGUAGGAGGCAUCUUGCAUCCAUUCUGGGGAAACAAAUUGAUGAAACUUGGUGCUGUACAAUGAAGUAGAACUGUAGAAAAGGACUGUAAAUAAAAAAAAAUGUAGUAACAACAUUGGUGUUAUUCUUUUAUGUAGUUAAUUUCUUUGUAGAACAGGGUGUAGUUGACUAUGACAAUAUGGACCACAAGUUGCUGAGGAAAUAAAAUGAGGCAGACAGGUGACCUUUCUCA